UCGACGGACCGCAGCACAUUUUUGUCCGUCAACUCGUCCUCUGGAUAUUGUUGCUAGCUAACGUUGAUUUAGUCGUGUCCAGCGGUUUAUAACACUGUCUUAAUUAAAAUAUAACCAUUAAUUGAUGGUUGACGAUGACAUCCAGAGGGACACCGAGUCGCUUCCUGAAAAGCGUCCUUCAGAACGGUGUCGGCCGCUACGUCUGCCAGCUGAAACGAGUCUCCAUCAUCUUCUCUAAAAAUGCACAGAGCUCCCUGGGAGUCAGGGAGUUCAUUGAAGAGGGCGUGGUGGAUUAUGCCAAAAACAACCCUUCAACAGUCGUGUAUGUGUCUCCUCAGUCGUGCAGGAUACCCAAAAUAGUCGCAGAAUACUUAAACGGCAACGUGAGGGAAGAGAUCGUCACAAGCAAAACGUCUCCGCAGAUUUCAGAGCUUUUGACCAAACUGACCAAUCAGUCUGGCCUGGACAUCAUCCGCAUCCGCAAGCCCUUCCACACAGACAACCCCAGUAUCCAGGGCCAGUGGCACCCAUUUACCAACCGGCCCCCGUCUAUCGGCCCCAUCGGAAUACAGAAACGGGAAGCCGAAUAAGGACUUGAAGUCAAAACUUGCGAUUAAUCUAGGCAAGAUAUGUUUUUCUUUUGAAGAUGUUAACGUGUCUGCUUUGUAAAUUAAAUCUCGGGUCAAGCACUCCUCAUGUUUGCAGCAAUUUGUUGGAUAAUUCUGCAGAAGACUACAAUCCACCGUGCUCUUCUGUCUGAUGGCAGCAGAGCCACUUCAGCUGUGCAGAAAAGUGCCCACAUUACCGAGCCCUGAAUGCCACAUUUGAAUAGACUUUACAUGAAUCCACCAGAGGCUUGUCAGCAGGCAGAUAACUGUUUUUAAUCUCAAGGUUAUUUGAAGAUUCAUGUAGUAAACUGCCGCACUGGGGAGCAACUUUGUAUGAAAUAAAAAAAAGAUUAUUGUGCAAA